UUCAACAACUGCAGCCCCCUCGGUAGCUCGCUAGACAACAAAGUCGGAACAUUCAAGCUCUUUAGACAAUUUACUGGUUUAUUUGCCACUAUGAUUUAAACAUACUUAUGUGUAAACAACUAACUACCUCAUUUAAUUUAAUAUUUACGUUGUAAGUCAACUUGUUGGCUGGCUGGUUAAGUUAGCACUAGUCUAGUCGCUAAUGCUAACUAGCUGUUAUCCCCGACCAUGAGUUCACUAAGCUACUCUCCUCCUGCUAAAGAAGAGGAUGUCUGCUGGACGGAGAAGGAAGCUCUCGUGAAAGAGGAGGAGGAGGAGGAAGAAGAGGCUGUUACAAUACAAAAACAAGUAGAGGGUGGGGCUGUUACUGUGAAAGAGGAGGAGGAAAACGUUUCAAUGAAAGACGAGGAGGACGUGUUCGGAGUGAAAGAGGAGGAUGUUACAGUAAAAGAAGAAGAGAAAGAGGAGGAUGCAGGUUUUGGAGAGAAGGAGGUUACUGUGAAAGAAGAUGAAGACGUUUUUUUAAUGAAGGAUGAAGAGGGGGAGAUUACUGUCACAUUAGAGGAGGACGAAGAAGAGAAGACUGGAGAACUGAUUAACACCAGUAAAUACAGAGAGAGACUGGACUAUCGUGGAUCCUGUGGGGAGCCUCAACAACAUCAUGAUGCUGACAAGGCAGAGAAUAGUCUCUCCACAUCAAAACACCUCAAGAAACACAAGAGGAGACCCACAGGGAAGAAAUCUCACCGCUGCUCUGACUGUGGGAAGAGAUUCACCUCCUCAACAGGCAUUAAAAUUCAUCAGAGAAUCCACACAGGAGAGAAAUCAUAUAGCUGUGAUCUAUGUGGGAAGAGUUUUACUACAUCUAGCCAUCUGACUGAGAUUUAA